AUGGUGCCCCCAGUUCAGGUCUCUCUGCUCAUCAAUCUCGGCCGAUACUCAGCCCUGGUCCUCGGCAUGGUCUACGGCACCAAGCGCUAUAGUUACUUAAAGCCCCGGGCAGAGGAGGAGAGGAGGAUGGCAGCGGAGGAGAAGAGACUAGAUGAGCUGAAACGGAUUGAAAGAGAACGGGCAGAAGCUCAAGAUGACAGCAUACUCAAGUGA